AUGUGUCAAACGGUGGAAGAAAACGGCAACAAACCCCAGAAGCAGAGCCAGAAUCAGAACUGCUGCAUGCCAUCUUCGGCUAACGUUACGGGAUCGACGCAGGGUCCUAGUCAUGCCGAUCUGCCUCGAUAUCACGUCGAGACCUACCCUAUCCCCGUUCCCCUGUCGGAAUAUGACUUUGAUCACCGACGCACCAUAACCAUUGAGUCUCAGCAGCGACUCUGGCCCCAGGACAUCUGGGUUCACAGUCCGCAUGGACGACAGCUGUAUCAGCCUGUGCUGAUGUUUAAGACGAGGGCCCCGGAGGAUAAGACGGAGACGAAUGGAAGUGCUUCUAAGAGCGGUUAA